AUGUAUGAUGAAUUCAUAGCUCUGAUUAAAUGGAAACAAUUAAUUAAUCGCACUUCGGCAUCAUCACUAAAAAAAUUAUUUGAAAAUUAUGACGUAAACAAAGAUAAUUCGAUUGAUAAAAAUGAUGUAUUGGAUGUUAUGGCUUCAUUGAAUUUGAAUGUGUCAGUAGAAGAAAUUGAUUUAAUGUUAACAAGUGCAGCGGAGAAGAGUGAUGGUAGAUUAACAUUUAUCGAUUUCACAUAUUUAGCUAAUAAUUGUUUACCACAAUCCACAUCUGAACAGAAAGUCAAAACGAUUCUAGUUAAAAAACCUAUUCUUCAAUCGAUAAGGCCAAAAAAAUCUCUCACCCUUUCUUAA